AUGGCAAUUAAAAAUUCUUUAACUGACACCGGUUUAGUAGCUAUACUCGAUGCGGGGUCUCAAUAUUCUAAGAUUAUUGAUAAAAAAAUACGUGAAAUAAAAGUUCGCAGUGAAAUUAUUCCUCUUUCCACUCCUCUAGAAGAAAUUAAAGAUAAAUAUUGUGCUAUUAUUAUUUCUGGAGGCCCUGGUAGCGUCUACGAGAAGGAUUCUCCAAGAUGUGACGAAAGAAUAUUAAAAAGCAAAAUCCCAAUUUUUGGUAUUUGUUAUGGAAUGCAACUGAUCAAUCUUUAUUUUGGGGGUACCGUGGAACGACAUAACAUUCGCGAAGAUGGGCAACAGUACAUAACGGUAGAUCCACAAUCCCUGCUUUUUACAGGCCUUCAUAGCCAACAAGAAGUUUUGUUAACCCACGGUGACUCUAUUGGAGUAGUAGCUCCAACUUUUAAAAGUAUUGCCACCUCUGACCACUUUAUUGCAGCCAUUGAAAAUACUGACCACAAAAUUUUUGGUGUUCAAUUUCAUCCUGAAGUUGAUUUAACCACUAACGGUUCACAGAUGUUUUACAAUUUUCUUAUUAAGAUUUCUAACUGUCCAGCGAACUAUACGAUUGAGUCAAGAGAAGAGAUCUGUAUUGCUGAAAUAAGAAAAACAGUAGGCAAUAAAAAAGUUUUGGUUCUUGUGAGUGGGGGGGUGGAUUCGUCAGUCUGCGCUGCUUUGCUUUAUAAAGCGUUAGGGCCUCAGCAAAUCUGCGCGCUUCAUAUUAAUAAUGGAUUCAUGCGCCUGAAUGAAAGCAAGUUAGUUGAGGAAUCCUUAGCCCAUAUUGGUCUUAACUUGAGAGUCGUCGACGCUUCAGACAAGUUUUUCAACGGAAGAACUUUCAUAAAAAACGGGGAGUACCAAUAUGAAACGCCCAAACUGUGUGAACUUUAUGAUCCAGAAGAAAAGAGAAAAGUUAUCGGCGAUACAUUUAUGAUUGUGGCUCAGAACGCUCUUGAAGAAUACAAUAUUCUUGCGGAUGAAGUUUUUCUUGCUCAAGGAACGUUACGCACUGACCUUAUUGAAAGCGCGUCAAUUACUUUGAGCCAGCACGCCACUAAAGUGAAGACGCAUCACAAUGAUUCGGAUCUGGUUCGAAUUUUGAGAUCGCGGGGCAGCACCAUAGAGCCCCUGAAGGACUACCAUAAGGACGAAGUGAAACAACUUGGUCUUGAAUUGGGACUGCCGGAACCACUUCUCCAAAGGCAUCCGUUUCCUGGCCCUGGAUUGGCUGUUCGGAUAAUUUGCUGUGAUGAGCCUCUUAUAACUGAAGUUUUUGAGAGGACCAACCAGCUACUUUGCGAUUUCGUUAGAGAACACUCUACUCGUUUAUUAGCAAGCCAGCAGCUAAUCUCUUCUACUCUACUUCCUAUUAAAAGUGUGGGGGUGCAAGGCGACAACCGAACUUACAGUUAUGUAGCUGCUCUCUCAUGUGAGAUCCCAAAUUGGCCCUUUCUUUUUGAACUAGCGAAACUCAUUCCUAAAAUUUGUCAUAAUAUCAAUCGCGUAGUGUUUGUUUUCCGUGAGGGCGUCAAGAAAACUAUUAAUUCUGUUACUCCCACGACACUUACGCCUUCGGUUGUAGCUCAACUUCGCGAGGCGGAUGCCGUGGUGACGGAAAUUCUUUAUAAUCAUAAACUUCUUACAACACUUAGCCAGGUUCCAGUAAUUCUGGUUCCUAUAGACUUCGAUGAAGGCCACCAAGCAAAACCCACUGUGAAGCGGAGCGUUGUGAUUCGUACUUUUAUCACGAAAGACUUUAUGACUGGUGUCCCUGCAGUCCCUGGAAAACAUUUGCCAGAAAGUUCGCUUGAGGAGAUGAUUAACAAAAUUUCUAAACAGGACGGUAUCUCUCGCGUGCUUUACGAUUUAACUGCAAAACCCCCAGGGACGACAGAAUGGGAAUAACUGCCUCGGACUGUUGUUUGUUAGUUCUCAAACAAGU